CCGCCACAACUUCUCCUCCACCUACACCCACCCACACAACCAGCAUCGACACUACCGCAAUCAUGGCGGACGAGAUGCUCUCAAAACGCAAGUCAGUGGCUUUCGCCGAUGGCCAGACCAUCGUCGACGGCGACGGCACUGUCACACAUGAUACGAACGGCGUGCACGAUGGAGACAAAGCUUCUGCCGCCACGCAUACCAUCGAGAACGGCGGCGAGGACAAAGCCGUCGACGAGGUGACCGCCAUGUUCGAGGGACUGGCUAAGAAAAAGAAGAAGAAGCCAAAGAAGGAGGUUGAAGAGGGCGAAGACGGCGAGGAGAAGGCCGAAGAAGAUGGUGAAGUUGACUUGUCAGCGCUCAAGAAGAAAAAGAAGAAGAAGGUCAAGGCGCCCGCAGACGACUUCGAGAAGCAGCUGGCAGAGGCCGGCGCCGCAGAGGGUGAGGACGAGGUCUCCAAGAGUUCCUCCAAGGGCGAUGCGGCCGAAGCUGGCGUACAGGACGGCGACAUCCACGGCGGCACUGGUAUCUGGGCACACGGCGAGACGAAGGCUUACAACUACGAGAGCUUGCUGUCGCGCUUCUUCGUCAUGCUCCACGACUCGCAUCCUGAUCUGGCGUCCAGUGGAGGCAAGACCUACAAGAUUCCACCACCACAAUGCCUACGUGAAGGUAACAAGAAGACCAUUUUUGCCAACAUUGCCGAUAUUUGCAAGAGGAUGAAGCGCACAGACGAGCAUGUCACACAGUACCUCUUUGCUGAAUUGGGCACGAGCGGUUCCGUAGAUGGAAGCCGAAGACUGGUCAUCAAGGGUCGUUUCCAACAGAAGCAGAUUGAAAACGUGCUUCGUCGGUAUAUUGUCGAAUACGUGACCUGCAAGACAUGCAGAUCCCCGGACACCGAGUUGAGCAAGGGAGAGAACCGUCUCUACUUCGUCACCUGCAACUCGUGUGCCUCUCGUCGAUCCGUCACCGCCAUCAAGAGCGGUUUCUCUGCUCAAGUCGGCAAGCGCAAGCGUAUGCAAGGUUAAGCGAUUGCUUUUACCUUUCAUCGCGCGUCCGAGCUUUCUGUUCUGCUCCCUUAAAAAACAGCGACUAUAAUGAUCGGGCGAGACGCUGAAAAGUACGGGAUGAUACACAGGGAGGAAGUGACCGAGGCGGCCUAAGGGAGCGGGACUUGGGACGGUAGAGCGUUCGUGCGAGCGAGUAUACCUAGGUACUGUACCUAACUUGGUUGAAAUGGAAAGUUUUUUUC